AUGUUUCCGACACGAGGCUAUUCCGCCUCGGCGAUCAAUCCCAAGUGGGUUGAUCUGCAUCUUUCCGAUACGAGGCUCGCCAUCGAUCCCAAUUGGGUUGAUCUGUAUUUCUCCGAUCCGAGGGUGUUCCACCUAAGUGGGUUGACCUGCAUUUGUCCGGUACGACUACGAGGCUCUUCCGCCUCGGCGAUCAAUCCUAAGUGGGUUGACCUGCAUUUGUCCAGUACGAGGCUCUUCCGCCUCGGCGACCAAUCCCAAGCGGGUUGUUCUGCACGAGCAAGAUGUCCGAUCCACGAGGACUUCUUCCUUUCAAUGGCAGUUAUGCCAUUGAUCGCUUCCGAGAUCCCGCAAGACGUCUAUCACCUGUCGUGCUCCGGCGUUGCGAUCGAUUGCAAGCUCCAGGAUCCUCCGAAGGGUAACCGGUGUUUUACAAUGGGCUGA